AUGGGCAACGUUUGCGGAAAAGGCGCCUUCCCUCGCGAAGGCGUCGAGGUCGACCUGGCGCCGCUUUUCAGCUGCAGUUACGUAGCGGAAGGGAACAAGACUGUCCAAGAUACGGCUCUCAAACACUUUACGAAGAUGACGGAGGCCGAGUGGAACAUCGUGAUGACAAAGGGGCCGUAUGGUUGGCGCAUGUGCCUGCCCCCAAAGGCGAGUACUAGCCCGCCUCACCAAGAGCUGGAUGCGAAAAACAGUCGCCAAACCGCGCCCGAGAAGAGCGGAACAAAAGACGAAGGGCGAAAUCGCAUGCGCAUUUUACGGGAAUCCGUGGCUCUCGCCAUUGCUCCGGGCACGAAUUUCACCGCCAACACUCCGCGGUCUGUGCAAGGCUGUGAAGUAGAUAUCAUUCACGAAGGGUGUUGCACUGUCCGAUUCGACACACUCAAUCCUUCCGCUAGCAAUGAAGGCAGGAAUGAAGCUGAAGCCUCCGCUGGUUCAGAGGACAAUCCAGUCGACGCGCACGCAGACCACGGCCUAGGAUCAAGCGGCAAGAGGCACGUCCUUCAACCUAAGCCGGUUGUUCUUCAGUCGACGCUCCCGCUGCCUCCGCAGUCCGAGCUGUACUUCGAGGUGGAAUUUCUGUCGCUUCCAUCGCCGGUGAAAAGGCCGUCGUCUUGGGCGGACAUCUCGCACGUCGUCGUCGGCGUCGCUCCGCUUCCAUUCCCUCAAAAGCACGUCCCCGGAGUUCUCAGUCACUCAUGUGCCAUUUCCACGGCUGGCUGCAUCUAUUCGGGGAAGGCAGAACCCGCAGCAACUACCGACGCUCUCGUAGAAGGCGACGUGCUUGGCGUGUUGCUGUGCCGAAGGAGCGGAACGGUUCUUUUUUUGUUGAACGGGGCACCGCUCAAAGCCGUGAAGUGUCCAGCAAUCAUCUUGAAUGAAACCGACCCGAGCUCCUUCACAGCGGCGGACGACAACCGCCCGCCUCCAUCGAUUCCCGACAUUUACGUGACCAUCGGCGUCAUCGGCAGAGGCGAGUGCGAAAUCAACUUUGGCGGGAAAACGUACACCGCACACGGAUACAUCAAAGACAUCAGCGGAGGCAUCAUUCAGUCCAACGCGCCAAUUCAGGCGCGCAUCUUCGGGCAGCGCCUCGCCAACUUCUCUCAAAUGCUUGCCGAGCUGCAGCUCUUCUAUCAGAUUUACUGCCCCAUCAUGCUUCCCAAAGCGAAGGGCAUGGUUGUCAUGAACAUCUCCAGAAGAGAGGUAGGCUCGCGACGGAUUCUCGGCGAAUUCGAAGAGGAACUUCAAGCCAACUACGGAAAGAAUCUCCAGGAUAUCGAGCGAAUCAAUGACCUGCUGCACCGCCGAUAUCAGGCGGAUCUGAACAGAGUUUCCCUCCGGCGAAAACAAAGCAUCGAGCGCAUGCUCAACGAGUAUCACCAAGUCCAUGAAGUGCCGGUCGAGGCUACGAAAAUCGACCAACUCGCGGAGCAAGCGCUGACGAAGCCUAAGGUCGUCGACACCUACCUCCGCGAAAAAUACGGAGACGGGAUUAACGUGCUUCUCCAGAAACGCCUAGAACAAAUCUAUGAGGCGUAUGCGCCUGAAAACAGGUCGGAGGUGCCUCUACUCGUUCAGCGCUACCCUCUCUUUGACGACGAGUUUCAGCUUUUCUGCAAGCUGAAGGUGAAGUACAACUUGGAUUUGUACGCGUUCUCGCCUCUCGACAGUUCCUUGCGGCGGGGCGACUUGGCGGCGAUCCGGCGGAAUCUGCGGCCGGCGAAGGUCAAGCAGCUGCAGCUCCUCGAGAGCGGAGAGCUUCAAGGCGUGCGCGGCCCUGACGACGACGCAGGCGCCAGCCGCAAGAGUCGCCGCGCAGACGGAGCCUCCGCGCGCGAGCGGAAAAGCGUUCGCCGAGCGAGCCGUGCCGCGGCGGGCAUGGCUGCCGCCACCGCCGCCGCCACUGCCGCCGCGCAGGCCGCCGAGAACGCCGCGGCGGCGGCCGCGGCGGCGGCGGCGAACGUGCAGGAGCAGGAGCGGAAUCGCGAAAAGCUGCGGGCGGCGCGCGAAGAGCGGCGGAAGGAGCGCGAAGUGCGCCGGAAAAGCCGCCUGGACAAGGAGACCCUCCGCGACCUCGUCGCGCGGCAGCUGCGCGAAGAGGAGGAAGAGGCGCAGCGCCGCGCCCAGUGUCCGCAGAGCGCCGAGCUCGCAGAGGAAGAACGCAAGGCGCAGGCCCGCCGCCGGAGCCUCGAGGCGAAGAAGGAGCGGAUCGAGAAGGCCCUCGGCGGCGUCAGCGACGAGGCUUGGUGGACCGCCAUGCGCAAAGCCGAAAAAGAGAGCGACGAAGAGUGGGAUCGUCUCGACGAAGCGGAGGCAGCCGCUGCCGCAGCCGCCGCGCAGAAUCGGAGCGCGCCGCCUCCAGAAAGAGCCGCAGAGAUAACGCCUCUCGACGCGGCGGCGUCGCCGGAGCCAGCAGCAGGCGGGAAGCCACGGGGGGAAAGCGGAGACGCCGCCGCGCCUCGCAGGCCGCGCCCCAAGUCCGUCCGCCUUUCGGAGGUUUCCGCGCCGCUAGAGCGAUACGGGCAACCUCGCGUCGCGCGCACCGACAUCCUCAAACACAGUCGAGGAGAAGGCCACCUCGAAGUGCGUCCGCCGAAAGCAGACGAACGCCAGCUCCAGUUGGUCAGCAACGAGACAGAGGGGACGGAGGCGCCGCCCGGCGGGGGGGUGAACGCGCAGACGCUGAGGGCCGCGGCUGCCGAAGCCGCACCCGAUCCUAGCCUUUUUGAGGAUCUCCGCGGCGCCCAGCAGCCCCCUGAGAAACUUGAAAGCGACACGUGGAAAGAGGAAGAAAGAGGCAGCGAGGAGGAAAUGCCCGAUCCUCUCCAAAGCGCUGAGGCUGCGGCUGCGCAGAGCGGCGACGAGGGAGAACCUGAGGCGGCGGAAAGUCGCGACGAGGGCGAGGCGGCAGGCGAUCCCCCAGGCCUUCACGAGGCCGCCACUGCGGAGCCAGACCCGUGCGCGACUCCGAAGUAUGAAGGGCCGUUGUCGCCUUCUCCGGCUAGAGCGUGCGAAGACGAGAGAGAAGACAACGACGCUGACUUCUUAGCCGGCGAAGCGAGUCCCGAAGCUUCGCUCUCAGCUUGCCACUCGCCUGAGUCCCCCAGUGCCGACGCGGACCCCCACGGAGACCUCUCCGAUGACGCGGCGGAUGACGAGGGUGCGGAAGGAGAUCAUGCGCCUGCGUCGUCGCCUGCGGAUGAGGGAAGAUGCGAGGUAAAGGGCGAAAAACCGGCGCUUCUUAUGGAGGCGGCGAAGAGCUUCGUUGAGGACGUCGUGAGACGAAGCAGCCUGCUGAGCGGCUGGGGUCGCAACCUGCCCGGAGUCGGAUGUGAGGCGGAGGCCGCGGUGGGUCCCUGA